AUGGUGGAACGACUACACCGCACGCUCAAAGCUGCAUUAAUGUGUAGUUCCACUUCAUGGCCUGAAGCACUACCGCUGGUCCUACUCGGAUUAAGAACGGCCGUGAAGGAGGACUUACAAUGCUCUUCCGCAGAAUUGGUUUAUGGCGAGCAAUUGAGGGUUCCUGGAGAAUUUAUCGUUCCAGCGUCUACACAGCCGUUCGCCCCUGAGCUAUGCAUGCAAUUCGCGAGACAACUCAGCGUUAGAAUGAGAAACAUCAAACCCACUAACCCUGUCAGACAUGGAGACCGGAGAGUGUUUGUACAUAAAGACCUGCAAGCAACGUCCCACGUGUGGCUUAGGGAUAAUACGGUGCGCCCGCCGCUUGUUUCGUCUUACUGUGGACCAUACAGGGUAAUCACAAGACGAAGCCACAGCUUCAAAAUCGAUAAGGAUGGUAAAGAAGAGACAGUCUCAAUUGAGCGGCUAAAACCUGCUUACACCGAAGAGAGUACACUCCUUCCUCGGUCUGCAAAAUCACCCUCAAACGUGGAAGCCAAAGAAAGAGCAGAUAGUCUCGCCGAGCCCUUGGUUUCAGAAGAGGACAACGAAGCAGCAAGUGCAGAACCGGAGCUGGUAGAAAAAUCAAGUGCAACUUUUCCCACAUACCUGGUGCACCCGGUUUCAAAAGGAGGGGGCUGA